AUGGUGUUCUUUUCGACCAAACACACUGACGCCUCCCCGGCACCCCCCUGUCCAAAAAAAAAAGCCACCUCAUUUUCGGCUUACCGAACCAUCGUGCACAUCUCCCUCAAUUCCCAUGUCCCUUGCGCCCCGGCGCAUCUACCAAGUCUGGAUGCGGAUCUGCACUCCGGCAGUCCUUGCGUCUUUGUCGGGUCCCUUUGGUGUCGCCCGCCCUGCGACUCGACGUGUCGGGCGUCCAUGUGGAGAUUCAGGGUCUGA